CCACUUCCUUCCGGCCGACCCCGGCGUCUCCUGCUCGCCCAGGGAAGGGGAGGGGGUUCCUCGGCGGCGACAUGCGAUUCCGCUUCUGCGGGGACCUGGACUGCCCCGACUGGGUCCUAGCCGAGAUCAGCACCCUGGCCAAAAUCUCCUCGGUGAAGCUGAAGCUGAUCUGCGCCCAAGUGCUGCGGGACCUGCUGGGGGAGGCCAUCGAGUAUGAGAAGAUCCUGAAGCUGACCUCCGAUGCCAAAUUAGAGUCGGGGGACGUGAAGGCAACCAUUGCUGUCCUCAGCUUCAUCCUCUCCAGUGCAGCCAAGCACAACGUGGACAGCGAGUCCCUGUCGAGCGAGCUGCAGCAGCUGGGGCUGCCCAAAGAGCACGCCAGUGGGUUGUGUCGGUCCUACGAGGAGAAGCAGAGCUCCCUCCAGGACAGGCUGAAGGCCUGCAGCCUGAGAUUGAGCCGGCUGGGCUCGGUGUGCUGGCGGGUGGAUUACACCCUCAGCUCCAGUGAGCUGCGGGAGGUCAACGAGCCCCUUGUGCACCUGACCUUCAACGUGCAGAACGGGGAGCAUGGCAGGCCGGCAGCUGUCCCCAUGACCCUCUCAGCCGACAAGUUCCGUGUCCUGCUGGCAGAGCUGAAGCAAGCCCAGACCCUCAUGAACACCCUCCUCUGAGGAGCCAGGAUGAUGCUGGGAGGCACCGACGUGGGAUGGCAGGGCAGAACCAGGCUCUGGUGGGGAGGCAGAAAGCAGGGGCAGCUCUCCUCGCCCGCGGUGAGGCUGCCCCGCGGUGGAAAGCUCUAAUAAAGGCAACGCUGU